AAGGAGGUAAAGGAGCUGGCAGCAACGGCGGCCGGGACACCGGUGCAGAGGAGGGCGGCGCUGGUAGAAGCGGAGGACGUGGCGACAUCGGCGGCAGCUGCGGCAGAGGUGAACGUAGCGGCAGCGAGGGAGGCAACAGUGGGGCCGGCGGAGGCGGGACGCAGUGCCCCGAGUGGGGUUUAGGAAGCGCCUUGCCCAGCAGUUUACGAUCCUUAGAAGCCGACGGCGCCUUUGCCGUACCUCUGCUUCUGCUUGCCGCCGCCUGUCGCGAUCUGCCCUCCCUGGAGUGCCUGUCCCUGUCCUCGCUGCCCGCCUCCUGGACGUACGAGGAGGGAGC